AUGGGGAACAGCAGCCUUAGUGAUGCUCUGACAGGCUCCAAUGGAGCUGGCCAUAGUAGUCAGGGUAUUUCUCUCAAGACAUUUGUGGCGUCUUUGGUAACAGCCAUCAUCGUCUUCGCUAUUGAAACACUUCUAUUUCUGCUCCUGAAAGACAGGCUCAAACGGAUCUAUCAACCUAGGACGUAUCUCGUGCCAGAUCGCGAGCGAACGGAAGCACAGUCCCCGGGUCUCUUCCGAUGGGCCAUCGCUGUAUUUCGCACGUCCAACUCGGAAUUCAUUCAAAAAAGUGGCCUGGACGCGUAUUUUUUUCUGCGUUACCUCCGCAUGCUGUUAAAGAUAUUCGUGCCGCUCGGUUUAUUUAUAUUACCUAUUCUGAUACCGUUAAAUAAGGUGGGAGGAAAGGACUUUAAUUUAGUCGGUGAUACCAACAGCACACGAUGGAAUGUAAGUGGGCUGGACCAGCUUGCAUGGGGAAACAUUAAGCCGGAACACACGAAUCGCUAUUGGGCACACCUGGUUUUGGCAGUGCUUAGCAUCGUCUACGUCUGUGCGGUAUUCUUUGAUGAACUUCGCGGUUAUAUUCGACUUCGACAAGCGUACCUCACUUCACCUCAACACAGGCUGCGGGCUUCCGCUACUACAGUCCUUGUCACUGCCAUCCCAAAGAAGUGGUUAACAAUAGAAGCUUUGGCGAACCUCUACGAUGUUUUCCCGGGAGGAAUUCGGAAUAUCUGGAUUAAUCGAAAUUUUGACGAAUUGAACGAAAAAGUCAAGUUACGGAAUCAGCUAGCAUUGGCACUCGAAGCUGCAGAAACCGAGCUGAUUAAGAAAUGUAAAAGGGCUCAAUUGAAAAAAGCAAAAGUCGACGCCAAGAAAGCCGGAAAGAAAUCUGCAGAUGCGACUGCUAAAGAGCAGGAGGCAAAUAAACGAGCCACAGAUAUGGCAAUGCAGUCUGGUAUCAGCUCGGGUGAUCCCCAUCAAAUCGCGCACAAUCUUCAUGAAGCCUUGGAGCAGAGUAAGCAAUCACGCCAGAAAGAAUCGCGUCGUAAUAAAAAAGGCCUCAAUAAUGUCAUCGGCCAUGGUGCUAAUAUUUUGGGAAAAAAUGUCGUCAAAGGUCUUAAAAAGGUUGAAAAUGGUGUCAAUAGCCAGCUUAGCCGAAAUCCCGGUUUCAUCACCCUAUCAGAGGACCAAAAUACUGCGACCGGUGACAAUCGAAUCAUCGAUGGUGUUGGCCCUGGUUAUUCCUUUGCCCGCACUAGCCAGGAAAGUGAUGCAGCAUCUGCGAAAUAUGCUUCCGAGCAUGUCGUAAGAUCCGAUCAACAGUCUGGUGGAGAAGACAGCAUUGGCGAGCAACAUUCCUCAAACCGACCGAGGUGGAAACGGAACUCAUCGUCUAAUUCUAAGUUGAGUCUGAGAGUCGAUAAACCCCCACAGCCCGACGAAGUCCCCUUGGCUCCAAAUGCCGCUCCUAAUGCCGCUCCUAGUCAACCGGAAGAGCGUCCCAAAAGGAUGUGUAAUUCAAGGUCGAAUAGUGAAAGUUCACUUGGAAGUGAAAACGAUAGUGAACCUGACGGUGGUUCAUACCCUGUCGCUUAUAACGAAGACUACGAGGAUCAAUGCGGUAAACCACUAUGGAAAAGUUAUGUUCGACAAAAAGACCGAGAAACAAUGCGGCUACCUAUUUUUGGCUGGACCUGGAUGCCAUCUUUACCUUUGAUUGGUAAAAAGGUCGACACCAUCGACUAUUGUCGAAAGGAGGUUGCUCGACUAAAUAUCGAGAUUGAAAUUGAUCAACAACACCCUGAACGAUUUCCUCUUAUGAAUUCGGCCUUCAUUCAGUUUAACCAUCAAGUUGCAGCCCACAUGGCUUGCCAGGCCGUCAGUCACCACAUUCCGAAACAAAUGUCACCUCGAGUUGUAGAGAUUUCACCCGAUGAUGUCGUGUGGGAUAACAUGUCAAUCAGAUGGUGGGAGAGAUACCUGCGAAGUGGUGGAAUAAUAAUUGUUGUUUGCGGCAUGGUGAUCGGCUGGGCAAUCCCUGUUGCCUUUACUGGUGUUCUUUCUCAGCUUUCUUAUCUGGAGGGAGCAGUGUCAUGGCUGGCUUGGUUAUCCAAGCUGCCGUCGUGGUUAUUUUCUGCCAUUCAAGGUGUUCUCCCACCGCUUUUCCUCGCAAUUCUGAUGGCUCUACUUCCUCUCAUUCUUCGCUUCUUGUCAAAGACCCAAGGCCUGCAAACCGGCAUGUCUGUUGAACUAACUGUCCAAAACUAUUUUUUCGCCUUUCUCUUUGUCCAGGUGUUUCUAGUCGUGGCUGUUGCGACGAGUUCAUCGACGAUUUUGGAUACAGUGGCAGACAUAACUAGUUGGCCCCAGAUUCUUGCUACAAACAUACCGAAAUCGUCUAAUUACUUUUUUUCCUACAUGAUUCUUCAAGCCAUGUCAGUUAGCGCGGGUGCCCUCGCUCAGAUAUUGGGUCUACUGAAGUGGUUCGUGUUAGGGCCGCUUUUCGACGUUACAGCUCGCAAUAAGUGGGUGCGCACCACGAACUUGAAUACAGUAAAAUGGGGUACAUUCUUCCCAGUGUACACUACCCUAGCAUCGAUUGGACUUAUAUAUCUCGUGAUCGCACCUUUAAUUGUGAUAUUUAACACUAUCACGUUUGGUCUCUUCUGGUUCGUAUACCGAUAUAAUACACUUUACGUCACCAAGUUCCGCUUCGAUACUGGUGGUCUUCUCUUUCCAAAAGCCAUAAACCAGCUCUUCACCGGACUUUAUGUUAUGGAAUUAUGUUUGAUAGGUCUCUUUUUCUUAGUGAGGGAUGAUAAAAACACGGUUGCUUGCCAGGGUCAAGCCAUCGUCAUGAUCGUUGUCUUGAUUCUCACCAUUGGGUAUCAGUACUUUUUGAACGAAGCCUUUUCUCCGCUCAUCCGGUACUUGCCCAUUACCUUGGAGGAUGAUGCCGUUCGUAGGGAUGAAGAGUUCGCUCGGGCUCAACGGAUCCGCCUUGGAUUACCUGCUGCAGAUGACGAUGCUUCAGAGGACGGUGAAGAAGAGUUGUCUGAGAGAGGAAGCGAGGAUGUCGCCGAUCAUACACAAAUCGAACUACAGAAGGUCACGGCCGCGGGUGGGAGCCAGAAGCAUAGCUUUUUAACUAAGAAUAUUAACAUGAUAGGAAACGUUGGGAAGCGAGUCGCCUCUAAGCGGGUUUCUUGGGCAGAUCGCUCCCGAAAUCACCGUUCGAAAUAUUUCGGUGUAAAUGCUGGCCAUAAUGCACCGGGCAUCCAAGACCUGCGAGAAAAAUUAGCUCACGAAGCCGAAGAUGCAGAAAACGCUGGCGAGCGCACACAUCGAAUGGGCCGUGCUCUUUUCGCUGGUAUUCAUGAUGAAUUAGAGGACUUGACGCCAGACGAACGCGACCAACUGGUGCAGCGAGCCUUCCAGCACGAGGCAUUGCGGGCUAAACGUCCUGUGAUUUGGAUUCCUCGUGAUGAUAUUGGCGUCAGUGACGAUGAGAUCUAUUGCACACAGCGGUUCAGUAAACAUAUCUGGAUUAGCAACGAGUACCAGGCCCUGGAUGGCAAAUGUCGGACAAUAUUCAGUCGCAGCCCACCCGAUUUCUCUGAAGUUGAUUUGAUACAACUGUAG